GCCGGAGCAGUGACCCAGGCGGCAGGUUGUUAUUUUCGGGGGCUCGGCGCAGCACGUCCUGCUUUCCUGUCACCGAGAGGCAGGCCGCCCGCAGCUUCCCGCCGGUGCAGCCUGCGUUGGGGAGUACGAAGAGCGGAGGGCGGGCCUGACUCAGGGUUGGGGGUCUGGCGCUGGCCGCCCGGUGCCAGCCGAGCCGCUCCGCUGCUUCGCUGGCCGCCGCGCAAGAGGUUUCCGGGAAACGUCCGCCGGCCAUGAGCCGGCGGGACUGAGCGCCGGCGACUGGGCAGCAGCGCGGGCGAGCGGAGCGAAGGGCCAGGCCGGGGCUUAGGGAGUGCGGCUGCCGGAGCUGCGGAUCGGGGCCGGGCGAUGAUCCGGGGCAUGGAGGCGCCGAUGGCGGACAACCCGCCGCAGCCGCCGCCCGUCAUCUUCUGCCACGACUCCCCAAAGCGGGUGCUGGUGUCGGUCAUCAGGACGACCCCGAUCAAGCCCACGUGCGGCGGCGGGGGGGAGCCGGAGCCGCCGCCGCCACUCAUCCCCACCAGCCCCGGCUUCAGCGACUUCAUGGUGUACCCGUGGCGCUGGGGCGAGAACGCGCACAACGUGACACUCAGCCCUGGGGCCGCGGGGGGCGCCGCCUCGGCCGCCUUGCCUGCCGCCGCCGCCGCCGCCGAGCACCCGGGGCUUCGAGGCCGGAGCGCGCCCCCGCCCGCCGCCUCCGCCGCCGCCGCCUCGGGAGGUGAGGACGAGGAGGAAGCGAGCAGCCCGGACAGCGGCCACCUCAAGGAUGGAAUCCGACGUGGUAGACCUAGAGCAGAUACUGUCCGGGAUUUAAUAAGUGAAGGAGAGCAUUCAUCCAGCAGAAUCCGUUGUAACAUCUGUAAUAGGGUGUUUCCACGGGAGAAAUCACUCCAGGCUCACAAAAGGACUCAUACAGGUGAGAGGCCCUAUCUGUGUGACUAUCCGGACUGUGGAAAAGCCUUUGUUCAAAGCGGACAGCUCAAAACACAUCAGCGUCUUCACACCGGAGAGAAACCUUUUGUUUGUUCAGAAAAUGGCUGCCUAAGCAGAUUCACCCAUGCAAACCGCCACUGUCCGAAGCACCCUUAUGCCAGGCUGAAACGGGAGGAGCCCACAGACGCUCUCAGUAAGCACCAGGCUGUGGACAACCAGGCUGCCGCCGAGUGGUUGGCGAAGUAUUGGGAGACAAGAGAGCAGCGUGCCCCCACCUUGAAAGGGAAGCUCGUGCAGAAAGCUGAUCAGGAGCAGCAGGACCCUCUGGAGUACCUUCAGUCUGACGAGGAGGACGACGAGAAGCGCGGUGCCCAGCGCCGGCUGCAAGAGCAGCGGGAGCGUCUGCACGGAGCCCUUGCUCUCAUAGAGCUCGCCAACCUGACCGGGGCGCCGCUCCGCCAGUAGCCUCGACACUGACUCUGCCACUGUACAAAAAAGUACUGCCCAGCGUACUUAAAAAGUAGAUCCUUGGGCAUAAGCUAAGCACCUUAUUUGCUUAUCAUAGGCUGCUAUUCUGUAGAACUUAUGAAGAAUGUCAUUGCCCCAGAAUAUGGGGUGAGAGAGAAUUGCACUUUUUUUAUAUGGUAAUGGAUUUGUUGUAAAGUUUAAAAUAUUUUGUAAAUAUGGGACUUCUAGUACAGGGUAGAAAAGGACAUAUUGUGGGAAGCUAGAUUUUGCAAGUUUAAUGCAUUCAUUGGAAGCAGUUCUCACAGGAAGCACUUUCUGAAUAAGACACUUGUAUGAAAAACAGAAUGGUACAUGUAGCCAAAGAACGUUGAAAUAGAUUAUUUAUAAGAUCAUUUUUUAACAAUGUAUAUUAGUAUGUUUAACAAUACUGUAAACACUGAGGCAAGCCAGAAAGUAUAAGAUAUGUGUGUAAGAUAUAGAUUUUUAAAUUGCAAAAUAGUGUGCCUAAUGAAAAGUGGAAAACUGACUAUUUUGGAAGAUGUUCUAAGUUAUGGACUUCGGAAGAAAAGAGAUAUUUGAGGAUCUUGGCAAGAUGCACAAUAGUUGAGAAUUUUCAGAAUUGGAUAAUAUCAGUCUUAUUCUGUCUUUCCGAGGCUUAACAGCUCACUCUGAUGUUCAGGUUUGAAAAGCACUUGGCAUCCCUGUUAUGUUAACUUGGGAGCUUUUGCACGUUGCAUAUUUCUCAUUUGCUGAAAUUGAGUGAUUAAUCUUGCAAAGUCUAGGUAACUUGGUAAUUGGUAUUUUUUUUAUAUAUAUAUUAUGGGCCCUGUAAGAGAUUUGGCACUUGGAUUUUUAUUAAUAAAAGGGACACCUACAGGGUUGUUUUGUAGUGAACUGUUUUAGAUCUUUUGUUAGCAAACACUAAAUUUUAAUUGUAUUGCUUAUUUAGAAUUAUUAGCAAAUGGAAGCCUCCUAUUUAUAUUUUCAGUGCAUAAAGCCACCUUCUUGCUUUUCUUCAGAAUAACAUGCCAAGCUAUUUUGUGUUCACUAAAUUUAGUUAUCAGGUAAACACUGCAGAAAAUAUUAGCUACUCAAAUAAGUAGGUUUCUGGAAUAGUUUCAGCUGCAAGUGUGUUAACUUGUGUGGUGGUUUUAAGCCAUUUUUCCAAAUAGAUGAAGUUUUUAAAUACCACUUUAUGUACUGAGGCAUGAACAGAAAAAUCAAGACCAGAGCAGUUCACCUCCUUUAUGUAGGCAUAAACCUCCAUCAUUUAUGCUUUUGUUUUAAGCAGAAACUAAAUAACAUGCAUAGCAUGGUAAUUUGAUAGAUUGCUUAAUUGGAGUAGACCUCAAGAGUAAUAGAGGGCAAUAUGGGCUCUUCAGCGCCUUUUUUUUUUUUUUUUUUGAAGUAGUAGCCUACAGAUGUAGUUUAAACAUUAUCUAAAAUGUAGGCUUCUUUAUCCAAAAAUCCCAGUGUGUUGCA